CCUUCUCUCUCUAUAAACCUCGUCACAAUUCGACCGUUAAGGAUCUCCUCUUCUUCUUCUUCUUUCCUCAAAACUAAACAAUCUCUCUCUCUCUCGAUUUCACAGAGAGAGUGUCCAUUUACUUAACAAUUUUUUGUUAUUCAUUAAUUAAUUGAUCGAAGAAAAAGAAGCAAAAAAUGGAGUCACCACAAGCAAGAAAAUCAGGGAUAAACCUACCAGCUGGAAUGUCCAGCAUAACCUCACUCCGCCUGGAAACAUGUUCAACUACACCAUCAUCAGCUUCACCGCGUGCAAUCUCAAAUCUCUCAUCAGUAUCAUCACCUUCAAAAUCUUCAUCUUGUAGUGACAGAUUCAUACCCUGUAGAUCAUCUUCCAGACUCCACACAUUCGGAUUAAUCGACAAACCAUCGCCUGUUAAAGAAGGGAGUAACGAGGCUUAUUCGAGGUUGUUGAAAUCGGAGCUUUUUGGAUCUGAUUUCGCUUCUCCUUCUUCUCCUGCAGGUUGUGGUGUUCCCGGUGUUCAAAAAUCUGAACCUAUGAUGAGUCCUAGUAAGAAUAUGCUAAGGUUUAAGACGGAUCAUUCUGGUCCUUCUUCGCCUUUUUCCCCUUCGGUUUUAGGUCAUCAUUCUGCUUUCUCUUCCGACUGUUCUACUCCUCCUAAGCCUCCUAGGAAAGUCCCCAAGACACCUCACAAGGUUCUGGAUGCUCCUUCACUUCAAGAUGACUUUUAUUUGAAUCUUGUGGACUGGUCCUCACAAAAUACUCUAGCAGUGGGGCUUGGCACUUGUGUUUAUCUUUGGAAUGCUUCAAACAGCAGAGUGACUAAGCUGUGUGACUUAGGGCCUUAUGAUGGUGUCUGUUCUGUCCAGUGGACCAGGGAAGGUUCUUUCAUAUCUAUUGGUACAAACCUUGGUCAAGUUCAGAUUUGGGAUGGUACUCAAUGCAAAAAGGUCAGAACAAUGGGAGGGCAUCAAACAAGAACGGGUGUCUUGGCAUGGAAUUCUCGCAUUUUGGCUUCAGGAAGCAGAGAUAGAAACAUACUUCAGCAUGACAUGAGGGUUUCAAGUGACUUUGUCGGAAAGCUUGUUGGCCACAAGUCUGAGGUAUGUGGAUUGAAAUGGUCCUGUGAUGACAGAGAACUUGCUUCUGGUGGUAAUGAUAAUCAGCUUUUGGUAUGGAAUCAGCACUCUCAGCAACCAACUUUAAGACUUACAGAGCACACUGCCGCGGUGAAGGCCAUUGCUUGGUCACCUCACCAGAGCAACCUCCUUGUGUCUGGAGGUGGAACUGCUGAUAGAUGCAUUCGUUUCUGGAACACUACAAAUGGCCACCAAUUGAACUCUGUUGACACUGGAAGCCAGGUUUGUAACCUUGCUUGGAGUAAAAAUGUGAAUGAGCUAGUAAGUACUCAUGGUUACUCACAAAAUCAAAUCAUGGUGUGGAAAUAUCCAUCACUAACAAAGGUUGCAACUCUAACUGGACACAGCAUGAGAGUACUAUACCUUGCAAUGUCUCCUGAUGGUCAGACAAUAGUGACUGGUGCUGGGGAUGAAACGCUGCGGUUUUGGAAUGUUUUCCCAUCAGUUAAAACACCUACCCCAGUUAAAGAUACAGGCCUUUGGUCACUGGGCCGAACCCAAAUUCGAUGAUCCAUUCAUUAAGCAAGCCUUCAACUGAAACAAUCAAGAAGAUUUGACUUACUAUGACAAAAAUUGAUAAGGAAAAAGAGUUGUUUAUACAAUUUUUAUUCAGAUAAUUUUUUCUGUAAAUGGAAUGAAUAAUAAUGACACAUUCAUCUCAUAUAACCUAUAUAGAACACGGGGAUGGUAAAAGAUACAUUUGUAAAGUUUUUCAUUCAUAUUCAACUUUGUAUUUACUUACAAUAAUAGUUUUGAAUUAGGAAUUGUUAAACCAUUUUUGUUUUUCAUUCA